UUUUUCGUCUGCCAAAUCGUGAAAAUACAAUAAAUUGAAACUCUCCAUACAUCAUACAGCUCUCUCAUAUAUAAAAUUAUUAUAAAUCCAAUUGAAAUUAAAGACCAUUAAAAAAAAAGAAACAAGAUAUUUUACAAUAACUUUUAUUGCGCACAAUAAAAAAAACGCAUUUACUUAAAAAAACAACAAAUUUACUUGUUUUUUACUUAUUUUUUUAUAAGUUUACUUUUCUUUUUCCACUCGCACUAAAUUCAUCCAAGGAAAAACAAGGUGAACAAAAAAAAAAUCCAAUACAAAAAAUUUUCCUACUCUCUUGUCUUGUCGUCGGUUUCCGCGAAGUGGAUUCCGGAAUUUAGGUCAAAACAAAAGUAAAUCAGAAAAUUUUUUUUUUUGUUUUCAUUGAGUGUGAAUUGUAAAAACGAAAGAAAAAAUCCAUUAAAAACCAAAACAAUUAAGAGUUUUUCUUCCAGUCACUUUUUUUUGUUGGUGCCAAGGAUGCAAACUUAUACCGAUGCUCUAAACGUUAAGGGCUCUAGAAGUUUUGCAUUCGACGUCGAUAUGGAAAUGGAUAUGGAACAUGUAGAAACAACUACCAAGUCGAAGACAGGCAGUGAUAAUGAUUUAACAAAUGUUGGUGUUUUAGUUACACGUCCCGAUGAGGUUGCCGAUGAUGCUUUACCAAAUGAAAUUUCCGCCCCAUAUGAGGUGCCCCAAUUUCCCAUCGAACAAAUUGAAAAGAAAUUACAAAUUCAACGGCUUCUCAAUGUCAAGGGCAAAAGCGGAUUGUCUGUAAUAGCCGAUACAGUUGAUGACCGUUUACCCAUCGAUGAACAUGAUUUCGUUCCCAAUUUCCAGCGAGUAUCCAUCUCUGGUGAGGACACCAGUGGUGUACCACUUGAGGACUUGGAACGUGCAUCAACACUUUUGAUACAAGCAUUAGAACUUCGAGCACGUUAUAUGUCACAAUCUGAACAGUCAUUCCCAACAACAACAUCUCGUUUCUUGAAGACAGUUCACGAACGUGAUCGUUUCAAUCAUAUUGAAUAUGAGGAUCGCAAGACAAUCGCAGAACUUAUUCGAAAGAUCAGUCUGCCGAGCCUUUUACCUAAAGGUAAUUCGUUUAUCGAACAAAUUUCAAGCGAAUUCUUAACGAGAGACCAUCCCAUUCAUCCACCAACCGAAACCGCUAACCCUUGGGAUGUAGAGUUUCCUUCUAACAAAGGAUACACAAUUAAAGCAGUUGAUGGUGUUUUUAAUCUUUUUCAAGAUGAGGAAUGUACCACACCAGUUAAAUAUGAGUAUCCAAAACUUAAGGAAUUUGUUAAUGAUAUGCAAGUCAUGUGUAACAUGAUCGCUGAUGGACCAUUGAAAUCAUUUUGCUACCGACGUUUGAGUUAUUUGUCAUCUAAAUUUCAAUUGCAUGUACUUUUGAACGAAUUGCGUGAAUUGGCAUCUCAAAAGACAACUGCCCACAGAGAUUUCUACAAUAUAAGAAAAGUCGACACUCACAUCCAUGCAGCAUCAUGUAUGAAUCAAAAACAUCUUUUACGUUUCAUUAAACGAGCCAUCAAAAAGAGUGCUAAUGAAGUCGUCACAAUAACCAAAGGCCAACCAAUGACAUUGGCACAAGUCUUUCAAUCAAUGAAUCUAACAACUUACGAUCUAACCGUGGACAUGCUGGACGUGCACGCUGAUCGUAAUACUUUUCAUCGUUUUGAUAAAUUCAAUGCCAAAUAUAAUCCAAUUGGUGAGUCACGUUUACGUGAGGUAUUCCUUAAGACAGAUAAUUAUUUGAAUGGAAAAUAUUUUGCACAAAUAAUUAAGGAAGUAGCAUUUGAUUUAGAAGAAUCGAAAUACCAAAAUGCAGAGCUACGUCUCUCAAUCUAUGGCAAAUCCCGAGAUGAAUGGAUUAAAUUGGCCAAAUGGGCAAUUGACAAUAACGUUUAUUCAACAAACAUUCGUUGGCUUAUUCAAAUGCCGCGUUUAUUCGAUAUCUUUAAAACAAACAAGUUGGUAAAUGCAUUCCAAGAAAUUCUAGACAAUAUAUUCUUACCCCUCUUCGAAGCCACCAACGAUCCCAACAGUCAUCCAGAGCUACAUCGUUUCUUGCAAUAUGUCAUUGGCUUUGAUUCUGUAGAUGAUGAAUCUAAGCCAGAGAAUCCACUCUUUGAUGGAGAUAUUGCAACACCACCGAACUGGAAUGAUGUAGAUAACCCACCUUAUGCAUACUACAUUUAUUACAUGUAUGCAAACAUAAGUGUAUUAAAUCAGUUCAGGAAAGAACGUGGUUUAAAUACAUUUGUACUUCGACCACAUUGUGGUGAAGCUGGACCUGUACAGCAUUUAGUUUGUGGCUAUUUAAUGGCUGAAAACAUCUCUCACGGUUUGCUUCUUAGGAAGGUUCCGGUUCUUCAGUAUCUCUAUUAUUUGGCACAGAUUGGAAUUGCCAUGUCUCCAUUGUCAAAUAAUUCUCUCUUUUUGGAUUAUCAUAGGAAUCCUUUGCCAGAGUAUUUAGCUCGUGGUCUAGUCGUAUCGGUUUCUACUGAUGAUCCAUUGCAGUUUCACUUUACAAAGGAACCUUUGAUGGAAGAAUACAGCAUUGCUGCACAGGUGUGGAAGCUUAGCUCAUGUGAUAUGUGUGAAUUGGCAAGGAACAGUGUUCUCAUGAGUGGAUUCCCACACAGGAUUAAACAACAUUGGCUUGGACCAAAUUACACUCGGGAAGGUGUUGCUGGCAACGAUAUUACUCGCACCAAUGUGCCAGAUAUCCGUGUGGCUUAUCGUUCGGAAACUCUUUUAGAUGAAUUAUCGAAUAUAUUUAAAGUACAUGAAGCUCCAUUAGCAGCCAUGGAACAAAAAUAAGUAAAAACAUAAAAAAAUUUAACAAAACAAGGAACAGUUUAUUUUUCUAAUAUAUUUUAACUUCUAUACUGUUCCGAUUAGACCAAAAGAGAGACCAUAACUAGAGUCUUCUCGUGAUGUUUAUAUUUUAUAAAACAAUUAUUAUAAUUAUUUGUUUUUAUAUAUAUAAAAUAAUAAAAAAAAAAAAAAUCUUUUGUUUAUGCAACUUCAACAACAACUACAAUAAAAAUAAUUUAUAUUCCUUUUCUCUAUCUCUGAUAAUACCUAUGUUGAAUUUUAAUAUUUAACAAAAAAAAAGAAAAUAGAUAACUAUAUAUUAGAAAUAUUAGAUUGAAACCAAUUAUUAACUAAAAACUUUAGCUAUUUAUAUUUAUGUAAAAUUGUUGAAAGAGUAAAAAUAAAAAAAAUUAUAUAU